AUGAUUUGGGUCGCGUUUCUGCCUUUUUUGGUUUCGUGCGCACAGGGCAACGGAACCGCCGAACUGGUGCCGUUCUUUCACGGGCAUGUAUUUGAGAACUCGUCUCCGGGCUCCCGGGUCAACGGAUUGAGCGUCCCGUUAAAGCGGCUCAACUCGCAGAGGCUGUGCGGUACCGAGGAAUUUGCGGCGCACUUUAAACUCCUCGGAGUCGGGAGCGAGAAUUUCCGCGUUUUUGCGCACCACAAAAGGGGGCAUGUUUUGUUGAAGACUUCUGGGGUUCUGGAUCGGGAGGAGCGGGCUGAAUACGCGCUGAGUCUCGGUUUGUGUUGCGGGCAAUGCGCGGGACUCUCCUGGGAAACGGACGAGGAAUCUCCGGCUGUCACCGAGGUGGCCUCCAUCAAGGUGGACGUCCUGGACACCAACGACCAUCAGCCCACCUUCCCUGGUGCCGAAGUGAAGCUGAGCCUGGAUGAUGCCACUGCGCUCCGCACGACGGUCUACACAGUCACCGCGCGGGACGACGACAGCGGCAAGAACGCGGAGCUCAUCUACUUCGUCCUGCCCAAAAAUGGGAGUUUUUACGCGGUGCCCAAAACCGGAGACAUUCUCCUGGUGGACUCCAUCCUCGGUCUGGGUGAGCCGAUUAAGUUUGAAGUGUUUGCCCGGGACCGCGGGUGGCCGCCUCGCACGAGCCAGAGCGUAGCUGUGGAGAUCAGUCCACGGCAAUGGCCAGUGGCGCCGAAUCCCCAAACCGGCAAAAGGAAACUAACAUCUCAAAUUAAAGUGCCAGUGAGAAGGUCCAGGUCAGUGCUGGAAUCGGAAAGUCCCGUUUUCAUCAACGUGUCCGAAGACGCAGGGAUUGGUUCCGUGGUGAUGAACCUGGGCCCGGCAAGGUUUCAGUCUGCAACGUUUGAGCUGCUGGAGCCCGACGUGGAGAACUCCCCGGUCAGCGUGAGCCGGGACAGCGGGGGUAUUGUCAUAUCACGAAGGCUGGACCGGGAGACUGAGCCUCUGGUGGAGAUCACCAUCAAAGUUCAGGAUAAAAGAGGUACAGAGUGGUACUUGGUCCGAGUGGAGUUGACCGUGACGGAUGUCAAUGAUAAUAUCCCAGAAUGGAGCAUGGUUCCUGCCCCCUACCUGGCUGUGGUUUCCCCUGAUGCCCCUGCGGGGGAGCUGGUCUACAAGCUCCAAGCUGAGGACGGGGAUGAAGGCAACAACGGCGAAGUGGAGUACUUCCUGUCUGACGGCGGUGAUGGUCGUUUUGAAGUGGACAGGAAAAACGGCCAGGUACGAACCACCGGCCUUCCGCUGCAGCGGGAAAGGGAGUACCUGCUGACGGUGUUGGCGGCCGACCGGCUGGGCAGCCGCAGCGCCCCCGUCGUCGUGUCAGUGGUGGCCGGAGCUCGGCCGCCGCAGUUCACCAACGUGUCCUUCACCAUCGCCAUACCGGAAAACACGCCUGAAGGACAGUCCUUCCUGGUCACACCUGCAGUGUCCUUCCAGAAGAAACCAAUCGGCUACAGCCUCCUCAUCAAUCCCAGCAGCCUCUUCUCCAUCUCAGCAGAGACUGGUGAAAUCAGCCUGACCCACCCUAUCGACUACGAGAGCGACCAGCACCGGUACCUGCUGCUGGUGCGAGCCAGCGAGGGCCUGGACAGCAUGAGUAGUGCAGCGGAGAGUCCCAUCAACGCAGACAAGCCAGCACCUUCCCGACUCUGCAUCCCUCCUGCCCCCACAGGAGUGUCCGCCAAUGACUGUGACUCCGAAGAGAAUGCAGAGCUGACCUAUUACACUGUGAGUCCAGACUUCACCAUCUCCCCCCACGGGACCAUCUUCCCUGCGGGGCCUCUAGACUACGAGAGGCACAACCACCUGUACGAGUUUGUGGUGAUGGCGGUUGACAAGGGGGAGGUCCCUCGCACCGGCACAACUACCGUACGCAUUCGAAUGGCCAACGUCAACGACGAAGCGCCCGAGUUCUCCCAGCACAUAUACCGGACCUUCGUCUCAGAGGAUGCGGGACCCAACACACUAGUUGCCACGGUGCUGGCGAAGGACCCUGAUGGGGACGGGAUCACGUAUGAGAUCACCACGGGAAACGAGGAGGGCAACUUUAUCAUUGACAGCAAAAAAGGUUUGAUCCGACUGCGCUCCAGCCCGCCCCCUCACCUCCAGGGCGUGGAAUACGUCCUCAAUGUCACAGCGGCGGACGACAAUGCCUCAGGCGGAUCGCAUGCUUUGUCCUCCACAGCCCUCGUCAUCGUGGGGGUGGACGACGUGAACAACAACAAGCCCGUCUUUAAGAAGUGUCAGCAGUACCGAGAGAGCACGUCAGUCCUGGAGAACCAACCAGCGGGAACGUUCGUUCUGCAGGUUCACGCUGUGGAUGCUGACGAGGGCUCCAAUGGCAGGGUCACAUACGGCUUCAUGCACAAAUACUCCACUGUGCCCGCAUUCAGUAUCCACCCGGAGACCGGAGUAAUUGUGACAGCCAGGAAAUUUGAUCGUGAACGCCAACGAGAGUACGCAGUGACGGUGACUGCCACUGACCAGGCGGCUGACCCGCUGAUUGGCAUUUGUCAGCUCAACAUUCUCAUCCUGGACCAUAACGACAACAGUCCCAAGUUUGAGAACAUCCGAUAUGAGUACUUCCUUCGCGAGGACACAAUGAUCGGGACGAGCUUCUUGCGGGUGGCGGCCCAUGACGAUGACUUUGGCACCAACGCAGCCAUCACGUACUCCAUGUCCAGCGAACAGCCAGAGUAUCUCAGGGUCAACCCCAUGACGGGCUGGGUGUAUGUCAACCAGCCCAUUUCCCAGAGGACCUACAUCACCAGGGAAAUUGUGGCUACUGACGGUGGGAACAGGAGCAGUUCGGUGGAGCUGGCCGUCACCAUUACCAACGUGAAGAACCAGCCUCCACAGUGGGACAAGGACAGCUACAGCAUGGUCAUACCAGAAAACACCGUCCGAGACACAGCCAUCGUGACCAUCAAAGCCACCUCCCCGCUUGGGGAUCCCAGGGUGACUUACAACCUGGAGGACGGCAUGGUCCCCGAGACCAACAUGCCAGUUCGCUUCUACUUAACCCCCAACCGAGAAGACGGCUCCGCCUCUAUCCUUGUGGCGGAGCCCCUGGACUACGAGACGGCCAGGAACUUCAUGCUGCGGGUUCGAGCGCAGAAUGUCGCCGCUGUACCACUGGCGGCCUUCACCACGGUCUACAUCAAUGUCACGGAUGUAAAUGACAACGUCCCAUUUUUCACUUCCUCCAUCUACGAGGCCUCGGUCACAGAAGGGGCCGAAUCAGGAACUUUGGUUUUCCAGGUUUUAGCCAAUGACCUCGACUUGGGUCUCAAUGGCAAGAUCUCAUACUCACUGCUGGAGGAUCGUAGUGGAGACCACCAGUACUUCCGCGUCGACCCAGAGCUGGGAUUCAUCUACUCUAAGGCUGUGUUUGACCGCGAGACAAAGAGCUCCUACCUGUUGGAAGUUCAGUCCACGGAUGGCUGGGAGUCGGCACGGCCCGGCAAACGUGGACAGCCUAACUCUGACACAGCAUAUGUUCGCGUUUUCAUCAGCGACGUGAACGACAACAAGCCAGCGUUCGCACAGGCGUCUUAUGAAGUUGAUGUUGAUGAAGACGCUGACGUAGGCUUCGCCAUCCUCACCGUCAGUGCCAACGACGGGGACGAAGGUGGAAAUGCAAAGCUGCGCUACCAGAUCACAUCCGGGAACACGGGAGGGGUCUUUGAUGUGGAACCAGAGGUGGGCACAAUCUUCAUCGCCCAGCCUCUAGACUACGAACAGAACAAAAGGUACAAGCUUCAUGUCCUGGCUUCAGAUGGGAAGUGGGAGGAUUACGCAACAGUGUCGGUGAACGUGGUGAACAAGAAUGACGAGGCGCCGGUGUUCACCGUUAACGAGUACUACGGCAGCGUGACGGAGGAGCUGGAUGGCUCUCCGGUGUUUGUGUUGCAGGUAACGGCGUCUGACCCGGAUAAGGAUGCUGACCAGGAGGCUUUGCGUUACUCUCUCCACGGCCAGGGUGCCGAGAGUGAAUUCAUAAUUGAUGAGGUCACAGGCAAGAUCUACGCUCAGCGGACAUUGGACCGCGAGGAGCGCGCCGUGUGGCGUUUUGUCGUCUUGGCCACGGACGAGGGUGGCGAAGGUCUGACGGGCUUCACCGAUGUCAUCAUCAAUGUGUGGGACAUCAAUGACAAUGCACCCGUCUUCACCUGUGCCCCCAGUUGUCACGGAGACGUGGCCGAGAACUCGGUCGUGGGGACGUCUGUGAUGGAGAUGACAGCCACGGACCUGGAUGACUCGGCUGUGGGUCAGAACGCCGUGCUCUCUUACAGGAUUAUGGGUAGUUUAGAUGCCACAAACAUCGAGGUGGGUGGAGUGCCUACCUUCUCGGAAAUGUUCACUGUCAACGCCGUAACAGGGACCAUCUCUGUGGCCAUGGGCGGUCUGGACCGGGAGCAGGUCGAGUCUUACCUCCUGGUUGUUGAGGCCAGAGAUGGUGGAGGGAUGACGGGAACGGGAACUGCGACCGUACAAAUUAAGGAUGUGAACGAUCAUGCUCCAAGAUUCACUGAUCACUCCUGCCUGGCAAGGAUCUCUGAGAAUGCAGAGCCCAAUGCAGAGGUCCUGGAGCUCAUGGCAGAGGACAGAGACACUGGAGAAAAUGCCCAGCUGACCUUUAGUGUUGUGGCUGGAGACCAAGAGCAGAAGUUCUAUAUGGUCAGCCACAAGCAGGAGCAGCGCGGCACCCUGAGGCUGAAGAAACGUCUGGACUAUGAACGACACAGCGAGCAGAGGUUUAACCUCACACUGAAGGUUGAGGACCUGGACUUCUCCAGCCUUCUUCACUGUGUGGUGGACGUGGAGGACUAUAACGACCAUGCUCCUGUCUUCAUUCCACAACUCCUGGCUCUCGCCCCACUACCUGAAGACAUCAACGUGGGAACCAGUGUGGCACGUUUGGUGGCCAGCGACUCCGAUUCAGGCCAGAACCGCGACAUCACCUAUAGCCUUACGGAGGACUCCGAUCCCGAUGGGCUGUUCACCAUUGACCAGUCUGGUGUACUCUCUGUAGCUCGUCCUCUGGAUCGGGAGAGGAUAUCGCAGCAUUACCUAGUUGUCAUAGCGACUGAUCAUGGGGUUCCACCUCUAACAGGCACCGCCACAGUCCAGCUGCCACUGUUGGAUGUAAACGAUAAUGGACCAGAGUUUGAGGCAGCAUACUACCCAAUUGUCUUUGAGAAUGUGGCCGGACCACAGGUGGUACGGUUGAACCAAACAUCAACCCUCCUCCGAGCUGUGGACCGGGACUCUCCAGAGAAUGGCCCGCCCUUCCACUUCACCGUCACCUCCCAGUAUCGCCACGGCAACGAUUUCUACCUCCAGGACAACCUAAAUGGCACGGCGACACUCACAGCCCUGAGGACCUUUGACCGCGAGCGGCAGAAAGAGUUCCUCAUCCCCAUUACCAUGAGCGACAGCGGCCAUCCAGCCAAAACGGUGACCAGCACCCUCACAGUGACCAUCGGCGACCAAAACGACCACGCACAUGUGGCGGGGGAGAAGACCAUUUUCAUCAAUAGUCACAGAGGCCGUAUGCCAACAACGGUGCUGGGAAAGGUCUACUCUCCUGACCCUGAUGACUGGGACAACAAGACGUACGUCUUUGAAGGAAACGUGGCAAGUUACUUCAUCCUGAACAAGCGAACAGGCUUCCUGAUCAUUAAAGAAAACGCCCCACCCGACAUCUAUCAGUUCCAGGUCCGUGUGUCCGAUGGAGUGUGGCCAGACGCCGUCUCUACUGUCAUUGUGCAUGUGAGGGAGCUUCGUGACGAGGCCAUCUACAACGCAGGGUCUCUCCGCCUGGCAGACAUCACAGCAACGGAGUUCAUUGAGCUGAGAGGAAAGCAGCGGAGCCGCUACGAGCUGCUGGUGGACUUCCUGUCCGAGAUGCUCUCCCUUCCACCUGAUAAUGUGAACAUCUUCAGCCUCAUGGAUGUGAAGGAGCGAAUGCUGGAUGUCCGCUUCGCCGUGCGCGGCGGGCCCUCCUUCCUCCAGCCCGAGAAAAUCCAUGGAUAUGUGGCCGCCCACAAACAAAAGCUGCAGUCGUUCAUGCAGGUCAGCGUGUCCCAGGUGCGGGUGGACGAGUGUCCAAGCUCAGAGUGUGCCGGGGCCGGCGGCUGCACCAACGUUCUGAACGUAAGGGACACGCCCACGGUCGUGGAUUGCGGGACCAUGAGUCUUGUAUCGGUGACGGUGGAGUCCACCGCCGUCUGCUCCUGCCCGGGUAGAGAGCAGUCCCAUCAGCCCUGCACCGCGUAUCCCAGAAACCCCUGCUUCAAUGGCGGUGUAUGCGUGGACACUCAGCAUGGCUACAGGUGCCAAUGCCCAGCUCAGUUCGAAGGGCCUGAGUGCCAGCAGAACAAGCACAGUUUCCAAGGAAACGGCUAUGCCUGGUUCCCUCCCAUGAUGCCUUGUUUUGAGAGCCACGUGUCACUGGAGUUCAUCACGGACGUGGCCGAUGGACUGCUGCUGUACAGCGGACCCUUGGCCCAGCUGCAGGCCUGGGACCAUGAGGACUUCAUGGCAAUAGAGCUAAUAGAUGGGACCCCCACCUUGAAAAUCAACCAUGGCUCUGGCACAGUGGUGCUACAGUUGCCAGGCAACGUGAACGUGGCAGACAGACGGUGGCAUCGGCUGGAUGUCCGCAGCAACAGCAAGGAAGUGCGCUUUACCCUGGAUCGCUGCUCGGGGGCAGCGGUGAUGGAAAUGGAAGGCCUCGGCAGCUGGCUGACCACCGAGGACCACUCCUCCUGUGAGGUGACGGGCGUUACGCCCAACGCAGACAGACACCUGAACAUGAGCCAGGUGCUCCAGCUGGGCGGCGUGAACGAGGACAUCCCCUACGUCUACCCGCAGCUUCAGCACAAGCAUUUCACCGGCUGCAUCCGCGACCUCAUCGUGGACAGCAAGCUGUAUGAUUUGGGCUCCCCGGCCGACUCGCAAUCCAGCUCUCCGGGCUGCCUGACCACCGACGGCAGCUGUGUCAACAUGGGCUACCCCUCCUGCGGCCACCGGGGUCGCUGUCACGGCGAGUGGGGCUCCUUCAGCUGCCAGUGUGUGCCGGGAUACACAGGACACCAGUGUGAAGAGGAGGCCCCGGAGUAUUCCUUUGAUGGCCACAGUCAUGCGCAUUACCAGCUGGCAUCCCCGCUGCCGGCCCGGAGGACGUGGGUUCAGGUCCUGGUUCGUACCCGCAAACACGGCAGCACCAUCCUAAAUCUCAUCUCCAAGGAGCUGAGUGAAUAUAUACGACUAGAGAUCUUCCAGGGCCUCCUCUGCGUUUUCUACAACCUCGGGGACGGUGACUACAACCUGACCCUGCCCACCUAUCGCCUCGACAACGGCGAAUGGCACGAGGUCUUCCUCGAUCGGCACGACAACGAGAUGAUUCUGCGACUGGACGGCGGCGGGGGGCAGCGGGAGGUCACCGGGUCGCGGGGCCGAAGCCGAGAAAUCAUCAUUGACCCCACUGUGGUGAUGCUGGGGAACAACUUCCCCUCUGGAAUCAACAAGAGCUUCCAGGGCUGCAUGAGGGACGUACGCCUCAACGGUCGCUACAUGCCUCUGGACAGCCAGCCGCGAGAUGGGGUUUCUCAGGUCAGCGUACAAGGCCUCUCCCCCGGGUGCUCGUCUGACUCCUGCAAAAGGAACCAGUGUAGCGCCCCCUUCACCUGUGUUGACUUGUGGAGAGUGCACGAAUGCAGAUGUCCUCCUGGCCACAUGGUCCGUGUGAACGGGACCAGGAAGUCCUGUGUCUACACCCUCUGUGCGACUCGGCCUUGCCACCGGGGGACCUGUGUGGCGCAGUCACCCUCCAAAUUCACCUGCCACUGCACGCAGGGUUACAGAGGACGCCACUGCGAGACGACGCUGGCCAUCUAUCGGGAGGACGUGGGCCUGAGCUUCAGCUCCCUGUUUGCCAUCUGCAUCUGCUUCAUGGCCCUGCUCGUGCUGCUGCUGGGCAUUUUCCUCUACACUCGCUGGAGGAGCUACAAAGGGCUGAAGGAGGGCGUUUACCACGUCUCCGCCCACCACGACGGCUGGGAGGACAUCCGAGAGAACGUCCUCAACUAUGACGAGGAGGGCGGUGGGGAGGAGGACCAGAAUGCCUAUGACAUGGCGGAGCUGCAGAAGUCCCUCCAGCCGAGCCCGGCCCAGUCGGUCCAGUACUGCCGCUCCAGAGCCCUGCACCACCCUCUCCCACCCCUCCACCAUCACCAUCACCACCACCUUCUCCACCAGGCGGCACCGGCACCGCCCUCCGCUCAGCCGCUGGACCCCCUCAGCCGGACAUCCAUCUCCACCACGCUGCCCCCCUCGGCAGCCUCCACCUCCUCCGCCGCCGCCAGCCUCCGCAGGGACGUGCCCCCCACCAGGCUCCCGGCCCAGGGCCAGACCCUCCCCUCCCAGCUCGCGCGGCGCUCCCUGUCCUUCUCCAGCCAGGACCUGGCGCGCUACCUGUGCGAGAUCAUCCGCGACGCCGACCAGCACCCGGACGCGGGGCCCUUCGACUCCCUGCAGGUGUUCUCCACCGAGGGGGGGGGCUCGCCCGCCGGUUCUCUCAGCUCCUUCAGCUCGGCGGGGUUGGACGGAGGGGGCGGCGGGGCGGAGGGGAGGAGGGAGGAGACGCUCGGGGAGUGGGGCCCCCGCUUUGAGAAGCUGCGGGCGCUGUACGAGCGGGCCGAGGCCAGCGACCUGUGA